UUAGGUCAGUGUAAUUAAUAUACAUUAUCUUGAAGAAUUUUGUGAAAAAAAUAAGUAAAAGGAAACGCGUUGCGUGGAAACUACGGCUCGUUCUUGAUCAGCAGCAUCUCAAGCGUUUCCUCUGCUUCUUUGUGGUCGACUAGUCUGAGGUCUAAGUUUGAAAAAGAAAAUGGGGGAGGAUCAGCGUAAUCACAGUGACAAAGGAUUCUUCCACCACUUAGCAGGAUAUGCAAGUGGACGCUACCGACCUCACGGUCAUCAUGGUUAUAAUAAUCACGGUCAUCAUGGUUAUGGAGUUCCUUAUGCAUAUCCUGCUCCUCCUCCUCCGUAUGGUUAUCCACCUGUUGCUUAUCCUCCACAUGGUGGUUAUCCUCCACCCGGUUAUCCACCUCACGGUUAUCCCGGACACCACCACCACGGAGGUAUAGGAGGGAUGAUAGCGGGUGUGGCAGCUGCAGCAGUUGGUUCUCACCACCAUGGACACUAUGGUCACCAUCACGGUCACGGCUAUGGGUACGGGUAUUACAAACACGGUAAGUUCAAGCACGGAAAAUUCGGGAAACGCUGGAAGCAUGGCAUGUUUGGGAAGCACAAGGGAAAAUUCUUCAAGAAAUGGAAGUGAUUUGUUUCCUGAAAAAGAUAUAAUCCAAUUCAGAGACCAUACAUUAUCAUUAUGUAACAACAAUAAAUAAUUAAGUCUCUGAAAAUGUUACAUAUUUAUUGUGAGCUUUAUAAGAGGCUAGAAUGUCAUAAUCUUUCUUUCUUGGUUUGGUAUUGUCAAGCUUUUCUUUUGUUUUACAUUGUCAUGUAUAAAGUUUGUUUCAUUUGGUA